AUGGCUUCUCCCUCACCUAGCGUUAUCAUAGACAUUUCAAAGGAUAUUACUAGUGGAGAUGGACCAGGAUCUAUUACCUACACAGUGCAUAAUGGAGAAAAUGGUGGACAAGUUAGUCUUACUAAGGAAGAGGACCCUCAAGGCUCUGGCUUCUUUAAGCUCACACACAGUCCAUCCAAUAGAGUGCCUAGAGAUACUUUCACAGUUAAGGAAGUUAGGUAUGGAGGUGCUGAUGUUCAAGAGUUAAGACAUGAUGAGAAUAUUCUAUAUCUCGCAGUAUGGUACUGGGAAAAACAUGAUGGGUUGAACACUCCUCUUUUGGUAGAAGUGAAAAUACAAGGCGGUACUUAUAAGUAUUACACAACUAAGGGAAAUGGUAAUAGUUGGACUUCAGAUAUAGAUCCUCCAUCUCCACUCACAGACGAUGAACUUGAACGGAAACUGGAAUAUCUUAACUGCCAACACAAUAAAGCAGCCACAUUGGACAUAUCCCUAGAGAAUUCUCAGAAACAUGCCAAUAGCAGUAGGUAUUGCUGUAGUAAGCAUGAAAAUGAUGGUGAGGCUAAAGUCUCCGUAAGUGAAGUACCCGUUUAUUGCCAAGUGCAGAAUCAUAAGAGCACAAGCAAUAUUACGGCAUAUAAACACUCCAUUUCUGACAGUUAUGGAAAACUUUCAGGUAUUAAAUUUUACGAGAAUGACGGUCAGGAUAAAAGGAGGAAUAUAAAGCUGAAGGAAGUAUCAUUUCCCAAUAUUUGGUGUCAAAGUAUCUACGCUUUCUACUGUGAAAAGAGGGAUCCGGUACUUAUCUACGUUGACUCAUCUGUGCAGACUAACGUUCAGGGCUGGUACAAGAAAAACCCUCCCAAUGAUGAUAAUGUCACGUGGAUAAAACUCCAGGGUAUACCUGAUGAUAUAAAACCGGAAACAAUUAAUAACUGCAGCAACAAGGAGAUCAAUACACUUGUUGAGGUACUAAGUAAUGCUGGAUGUCCAAACUUGGGACGAUGCGCCGUUACUCCUGAAAAGGCUGAACUUGCUGCUGCUCAACAAGGCGAUUCUGAUACUCGAGAUUCUCAAACUAACUCUUCUAAUUGGCAAGUAAUUCUUGCUGUUCUGACUGGUACUGGUGUUGUAUCUGGAUUAGUUGGGUUCGCAGGCAAUGUAAACGCCGAAAAGCCCCCGGUAGAGACCACACACAAGGAGAGGAACCUAGUUCCCUUCAAUCCAGAUACUUUUAUGGCAGAAAAGUAA